AUGGAGCUUCACACGUCAAUACUAAUUCUCUUCCACACCCUCCUCAUCUCUCAUGUCUCUGGUACUGAUGUCCUCAAAUCCGACACCGUCUCACUCACAACAUCCGGCUUCAACUCCCUCAUAAUCUUCAACAUCGGUAUCCUCGCUAACGGCGACAUAAUGUACUACUCCAACACCGCCGGCAGCAAAGACACUCUCGUCGCCAGCAACGGCUCCUACAUCGGCGGUUCCCCACUUUCUGACAAAGUCCGCUCAUUCAAAAGCGGAAAUAAUACAGGAAUCGACAGAGUAGAAAUCUCGAUGAACUCUCAGCACGUCAAGGACUUGAUGAGUAGUCCUGGUCCGGGUAACUCAACGACGCUGUAUCAGAACUUUGAGGCGCUGAAAAUGGCGUGGAAUCUCGAUGCUGUGAAUAAUGACGAUGAGUCGAUCUACGAUGUUGAUAGUACCGUGGCGUUUGCGCGGAUGCUGGGGGGGAUAGGGUAUAAGUACACCAUCGCACCAUAUACCAACACGGCAUUUUGGGUCAGUGUCAAAACGAAGAUUAAUAGCGGGCUGGAUAGUCCGUUGCUUGAUAGAGUUUAUCUUCAGUGCUAUGACGGGGGUGCUGGGAAUGAUCCGAAGAGUUGGCAGAGUUCAUUAGGAAUGAAAGUUGUGCCGUUGGUGUGGGUAACGAAUGAUUCGAAGCCGUCUCAGGGCACGACGGCUGCGCAGGCGAAGUCUAGGUUUGCUGGGUGGAAUAAGGGAGCCGCGUUGGCAGGUGGAGGGUAUUGGAAUGAUUAUGAUAUUGAGAGGAUGAAAUCGUCGUAUGCGGCGUAUGGGGAUGUUUUGAUGAAUGUGUUUCCAUGA